AUGGUUCUACAGGUCGUCUAUACCGCCGCGACCUCUCUUUUCCCAUCAAAAUACUACCUUCACAUUGCUGUAUCUGCGGGAGUCCUGCUGGUGACUUAUGCAUUCGCCCAAGGCCGCACCACCAACCGGGAGCGAGAUCUCCACGCCCGAGUCAUCAUGAUCACAGGCGCAUUCACACCGCUCGGGCUGACGCUCCUGACCGCCCUCGCUGCGCGCGGAGCACACAUCAUCGCCGUCUCGCCUUACCCGCUCGACCACCCGUACCCGUCGUUGCUCAUCCCGCUCUUGCGGAGCACCACGGGCAACGAGAACAUCUUUGCCGAGUGCGCGGACCUCGCCAGGACGGCGUCCAUACGGGAGUUCUGUACGCGCUUUCUCACAGGGGGCGACCAGCGCCUCGAUGCACUCGUCUUCGCACACGAGUACCAGCCCGUAGGCACGCUGUUUGGCGGGCGGCAAGGUGCGAAAGAGCGAGCAGAGCGGCGGGAGAGGGCGUCGCUCGCGACUUUUCUGAUGGCCACGCUGCUCCUGCCUGCGCUGCUAGUCGAGCCUGUCGAGCGCGACAUCCGCAUCGUCACGCUCGUGAACCCGUUCUACGCGGCGUCUGCACCUAAGUUCUCGAAGAACUUGUCUGAGGCCGGUUCGGACACGACAGCAUCGACUCCGCUUUUCCUCGCGGAGGGAUUCCGCGCGCUACGCACAGCGGUGCUCAUGCGCCAUCUACAACGGAUUCUCGACUCGCUGCCGAACCGCGCGUCUGCACCUGCACCGAGCGAGCAGGAGGCGGGACAGGCGGAGGUGGGGCAUCCCUCGAAUAUCAUUGCUGUAUCCGCGUGCCCUGGCAUCAGCCGUAAGGAUAUCAUUGCGCCGCUGCUUUGUGCAGAGCGAGACUCGGACGAUGGGUGCUACGCCCUCCUCUUUCCCUUCUCCGCCCUCUUCAUGAAGUCGCCGACUGCCGCAGCGCAGACGGUCCUGCAUGCUCUGUUCCUCCCCACGCCGAUUAAGCGUGCCCUCGCACAUGUCGAUGCGACGAUCAACCCGUCGCCUGCUGCGCCCCCUGCACACUCCGUGACGGGGGACAAGACGGUCGAGCCGACGAUCGUGCUCGAGGAGGUGCUUAAGCCCGGCGCGCUCUAUCGCGAGUGUGCUGUGGUGCAGGUCGCUGUGCCGCCGCUUCUCAUGUCUGAUGCGCGUUCUGAGCCAGAGAAAGGGCGGACAGGGCGCAAGACUAAUGCAGAGGAGUCUGCGGCGCCCGGGUUCCCGGACGAUGGUGAGUUUGGGGGGGAGGCGGUUGGCAGGGCGGUAUGGGAGUGGUAUGAAGAAAGACUCAAAAGGUGGGAGGCAUUAGAGAAGGCAGAGGGAGAGGUGGCGGGGAAGGCUUGA